UAGAGUGGUUUACACUAUAUUGGCAUAGUACUACUGGGGGAUUUUUUAAUAUAAAAUUAUAUAACAAAAAGAAAAGGCAUAAAGAAAGAAAGAGGUCUAUUCUUAUCUCAGUCCCUCGCUACUAAGCAGGUUCACAUAUCAUUCAUUUUGUAUUGUAUCCCAACAGAGUGGUCCUCUAAAGUUUGUAUACGCAAGUUGCUCAAUUAUAUAUUUCCCGGUCCAUAAUUCUCUUAUGUUGAAUUCGUGAGUAAAUUUCAGAGAAAGGAAAAGAUGAAGAUCCUGGUCAUAUUUUUCCACAGCUUUCUUGAACUUUCUUUUUCAUUUCCAUUUUGUUAUUGAACCAAAACAACUGAAAAUAUAUAACAUCUAACAUUCUGGAAAAAAAAAAGAAGCUCAAGAAAGCUGUGGGAAAACAUGACAAAUCAGGGUUCUCUCCAAUGAUUCAAGUGUCAGAUUCUUUCAAGAUAGAAUUUUUAUAAUAGUUUGAAGGUAUGUUCAUAAUUACUCUUCAUUCCUAAAUUUUAGAUAUUAUGAACCUGAGUAUUAUUUGAAUAGAUGGUAAUAAUGUUUUAUGCCUUUAAUUGGGAUUCGAAAAUUAGAUAAAUGAUUAUAUGUUAUUUGUAUCAAAUCAUGGCCACAUAUGCUAUUUGAAUAUGUCAAUUUUGUUCAGUAAAUUAUCAAAAUUCGUGACAACUCCCCACUACUCAUUUUUGAGUCUGUAAAUGAAAAUAAGGAGCGAAGCUUCUCUGAGUUGCUUUUAUCGAGAAAAAAAAAAUCCUCUGAGUUGCCUGUUCUGUAGAAUGAUCUUUUUACAUUUCUGUUGAUUUAAGUUUUUUUGGACGUCAUUCUAACCACUCCACCUCAGGCGCAAUUUACUCAUAUGUAUGAUGAAAACUUUUUGAGGGUUAUUUUGUAUGCAUACUAUUGAUAAAAGUUUUACAUGUAUGUCUUUUGAGUUUUCAUAUUAGUCGUGUUUAUAUACAUGUGAUGUAUAAUUAUAAAUACUUUCAUGCAUUAUAUCUGCAUGCAUUAUAUAUAUAUAUAUGCACUAAUACAUGUGUGUUUAUGUGAACAGAAGGUAUUGUCUCAGCAAUUAGUGCUUGGACUCUUUUUCUAUUUUAAUCACAUUAACAUCAUUUUUUCUUUUCGUCGUAACCAUUUUGUUUUCCUAAUGAGUUUCAUAGGGUUUUUUAUAUGCAACACUUGAUUUCAUUAACUUUAAAGUUUCUGAUGAAAAACGUUUGCAAUGAGUUUAUAAACUACUGUUAUUCAUGUAAAUUCCCGAAUUUGUUAUAUCUUCUUGUUGUGUACAAUGUUGUCUAAAUUAUCAUUUGUCAAAUGUUCGUUCCAUGCAUUAAUCUGAUUAUUAUCAAUUAUUCAUUUGGGAAAACUGAAAGAUCAUAUAUCUCAUUGCCACUUCGAGUUCCAAAAGUAAUUACAUACUCCAGUUUUUCUUCUAUUUUUGUAAAAAUAUACUCCAAACACAGUAAUCUAAUUAUAAAUGUUUAUUUUUACUGACACAAAUAUAAAUAAAAUGAAAACUAUAUUAGAUAUUUUAAAUCUGUGAGACAGUUUCUAAGCCCCUAAGAUAUCCACACAAAAAUCCAGCAUUGUUAAUGCCACUUAUUAUUGCAGAAUUAGUCCUUGCUUGAAACAUACUAUGAUAAAUUAUAAAAUGGUAAAUAAAAAGGUGAAAAUAAGUGUAAGAUACAUUAAUUAACCUUCAAACCAAAUGAGAAAAAAUAAAUUCGGAAACAAUUUGCUAAGCUGAACAAGAGGCAUGAAUAUCAGUAUAAUUUUUAACAGUUACAUCGUACUUGAUUCUGAGAUAGUUUCUUACACAUGUGUAAAAAGGAAUACUGAUAAUAACUGGUGAAUGAGAUAUGAAUUUUUGUAUAGUGAUAAUCAAUUAUUCAGAAUAGUAAAGGCUUUUGUCCUUUUAUUUAUUAAUGAUAAAAACCAGAUCUGAGGUUGAUUGCGUUGUUGUGGGACUUGUUUGUUUUCCACUGAUUCCAAAACCUUUUGACGUGGAAAUAAUGUGAUUGGCUAAUAAAAUGGGAUAUGUGUGAGAGAGAAGAUGGCCAACGCUUUGAAAGUGAAGCUUUUGUCAAUUUAUAAUCAGAAAGGGAACCUAUGGAUUCCGAUUUCCUUCUUGGAUCGACGUAACAUACACUUUGUUCAGAAAUAAAUUUGGUUUCGAGUUAUUGUUAGUAAACGGGUAUCGUUGUGGAAAUAUGGCCUUAUUCAUGACUCCCGUAUGACAAAAUGUGAAAAAUCUAUGUAUACAUUUGAAGACCGUGUUAGAACUUACGUCGACUUUUAAUAUUUCAACUUUCCAUACCCCAAUUCUCAAGUUAAGGCUGGUUUAACACCCUUUAUGCUAAUUAUGUGUAGCCUAGUUUGAGUGUUAGAGUAAGAAAAGUUAAAAAAAAAAAAUAAAAAAAUUAAGAGUUGAGGUAGGUCUAGCACGGUCUUUAAGUGCAGAUAUAUUGUUUAUACUUGGUUAUGGACUGUAGAGGCACGAAUAAACUGUUUUCAUGCAAAUCAAAUAAAAAGAUACGAAAGUCUUUUUCUUAAAUUACAAUGUUUUUGAUGGUGUAAAUGUAUUAGCCAAAACUCGUACAAUCAAAACUUGUAAAGAAAUUAAAGGAGAUCCAAAAAUUUAAAGUUUUUUUCGCAAGAACACAAGAACUUUAAAGAUGGUUUAUUGCUGUAAAAGUGUUUAGUCUUAAUGUUGUCAAAUGGUUGUCAAUUGUUACAUAAUGAAUCUCAUCUAUCGACUAUUUAUACAAGUCUUGUAAACCGCCUAACCGAGAAUCUCAGAAAGAUUCAGGAAACAUUUUCUUAUCUUCUAAUGCGGCUUAGGAUUAAGUAUCUCAAGAGUAUGGGUCUCAUUCUUCACGACUAGGCUUGUUAAUCCUCGACUACCACCUGGCUCAGCCUAUUGAGAGAGGCACCAGCUCGGCCCAUUGAGAGAUGCAUCUCCCUCUCUCGCACAACUCGGUCCAUAUCUUUUUCCGCGUGGCUCGGCCCACUUGCUCACAGCUCGUCACACUUGCUUCUUCUGUCUUCACGGCUCGGCCCAUUUGCUCUUGUCUUCAUGACUCGGCCCACUGGGACUUGUCUUGGUUUGACUUGGGUGGGAAUAUUGAUCCUACAUCCUCUCCUUCUGACACUUAGCCGUUUUUCGGGCAGCUAAACCUGUUGGGGUGAAAACCGACCCCAACAGUUGGCCCCCCAACUCAUCAGUUUUGGAGACAAAGAUGGCAAGCGGAGAAUUCCUAUGUCAAGGUUAGCUGCUUCCGGGCCGAGCUAUAAAAACUACAGGGCUACCACAUUUAUGCCGAACCGUAAAGUGGAUGAAAUUGCUUCUUUUAGUAUCAAAGUGUAUUUUAGCCGAGGUGUUUUCAAGAUAAAUAACGCCAAGGUGGGUGAAAAGAAAAGAGAGACGAGACACUCUUGUGAAUGAGUAUAGGCCGAGGCGUUUUUUGCUUUAACCCUGGCACGAGGUGUGUUGUAAGAGGUGUCAUGCCUUGCCGUUUUGCAUGAAUUCUGACAUCGUACAUGUGUGAGAAUGGUCGCUGAGGUGGUUAUACCGAGGCAUUUUUUGUUCAAGGCUUCCUAUAUAUAAAUGUGAUGUUUAAUUCCAAAGUGUGCUUAAGAGAGCUAAACGCCGAGGCGUUUGUUCAGAGUUUAAUGAUGAGGCAUGAUUGAGAAGGUCUAACACCGAGGCGUGAUUAAGGCGAUUAAUCGUCGAGUCGUUUUUCAAGAGUGUUAACGCCGAGCCAUGCGUAAGAGAAAUAACGCCAAAUCGUUUUUCCUGAAGAGAUAACGCCAAAGCGUGUACAUUAUUGAUAACACCAAAACAUUUCCACAACAGAUAACGCUGAAGCAUGUCUGAGACAUUAAACGCCGAAGUUAAUCAUUCGGUAGAAAAUUUAGACUGAUGCGUGCGAACACCGAGGCAUGUAUAGAAAGAUUAAUUCUGAGGCAUGCGUAAGAGGAUUAACACCAAGACGUGUGUAGGAAGAUUAAUGUCGAGGCGUGUGUAGGAAGGUUAACGCCGAGGCGUGUGUAGGAAGAUUAACGCCGAGGCGUGUGUAAGAAGAUUAAUGCUGAGGCGUGUGUAGGAAGAUUAACGCCAAGGUGUGUGUUAGUGUUUCUAGUGGUUUGUUUUGGGAAGAAUUCUCAGCCCCAGGCGCCUGAGUGGGACGCGAAUUGCGAAUGGCUCACCCCCAAAUAAGUAACUGUUGCGGAUCCCACCACACAUCGUAAUUAAUUUUUCUAGUGGUUUACCAAGGUUAUGCGGACCCCAUGUGACCCGAAUUCUCUAUACAAGGGGUGCUUACUCUUUGCUUCUCCUCAUAACUUCAGAUCUCCAAACUCAAAAAAUGUAGCUCUCCAUUCUCUCUUCUUUCUCUCUCUAGUUUAUACAUAGGGUUUCUAUCGCCGCCGCUCUAUCCUUGCCGCACCAUUGAUCUGUUUUGUGCCGACAAGCGUUCUGUAAAAAUCUCUGUCAAGCUGUAAAUUUUGUGUAAGUGUGUAAGAUAUGACGAGCCGAUCCUCUGAAUUGUUGGAUACUCUUUUUAAUUACGAGGUGCGAUAUCAAGGCAACGAAGCGUCCUCUUCGACGAGCCCCUGCUGGUGAGGCGAGUCCUCGUUAUGGUUCGAUUGGGGAUGACAAGGCGAGUUCUCGUGAUGUUUCAAUUUAACGCUUCAACAAGCUCUUCUCAUGGUCCCGCCCUUCCCGAGAUGAGAUUGAUCUUUCCACAGUAAAAGCCGGGAAAGAUGCCUUCCCAUUUGACCUGGUUGAGGCGAGGCGUGGGUUAGAGCGUCUUAUGGCGAGCUGUGGCGCCUCAACUUCAGGGCGACCCAGAGCUCGGAGGAAGAAAAGGCAAAAACACAAUCCCCCAGCUCGUCCUUGUCCUCCGCGGAAUCUCUGGAGGCUCUGCGAACUCGCUUUGGGAUCUCCGAGACUGUCGAAUUCGUUGUGCCGAGACCGACUGAAUGUGCUCACCUUCCGCCUCCUAACCAUUUUGUAGUAUAUGAGAGUUUCUUUGAACUCUUUUUUCUCUGGUUUCUGAUUCCCGAGGCGAUCCUUCAGUACCUCUGGAAACACGGAAUUUCCACUAGUCAGAUCAUGCCGAAGGGGCUGCGACAUAUAAUCGGUAUUUUGGUGCGGAGUCUUGAGUGCCAUAUUGACAUCGAUCUUGACCACUUGCUGAACUUCCUGGAGAUUCGCAAGGCUCCCAGAGGAAGAAGGUUUUGCAUUUCGAACAAACCGAAGCGCAAAAUCAUAUGCGGCUUUCCGAGCAAGGACAAUUUUUGGGACAAACGUUUCUUCUACGUUCUUGUCAACAAGGUGUCGGUUGGUGACGACUUCGUCAAUAUGACCAACACCGAUUGGGGACCACUUGGUAGCCGAUCCGAUGUCUUGCCUCGGUUCGGUAUUUCUAUUUCCUCUGUCCAAGUUUUUGACUUGUGUUUUUGUUUCCUUUUGUUUUUGUAGUUUGAAUCAUUCUUCCCCCAGUUUCCAAAGACUUGUUUGCCAUUCGAGACGUAUUAGUAGCUCAGAAGAAUAACUGGAAGCGCCACUUUUCUCUUGAGAGGGUCGAGAAUGCCCGAUCCAUUAUAGCCGGAGUUCCAAUUAUCUCAGGGUCGUCCAAUUCUUCCAGAGAUACUAAGGAGAAGAUGGUUAUCGUAACGCUUACGCAGAGGAAGAAGAGAGAAAAAGAGGUGGCCGCUUGGCUAGCCGAGGAGGCCGCUGAACAGACUGAGGAUGCCAUGGCUCAAGAAGAGUCGUAGUCCGUUGAACAGGCAAAUGAGGAGGCGCCUGCCACUGAUGACAUCGAGCAAGGGGAAAUUCUCCCCAAGGCGUCAAGGAGAGCGUUGAGCAAAACAUGAUCCUCCUGAGCUAACAGCUUUGACAAUACUUGGCCUUCCCCAAUCAACGAGGCCUCCUGCGUCCGAUCUCGUUAGGCACGAGGCAGCCAAACGUAAGCGAACUGCCGCUGAGAAAUGCAAAGGACCUGCUGCUGUAGAGCCGUCUAAGAAGAAACAGAAAAACUCUGUUGGUGAGCCGGUACAGAGGAAGCUCGUUGUUGACGGUGCAAUCGCCUCUGCACUGUUGUUUUCAAAGGUGAAUUACGCUAAUGUCUUGCUACCGAUUCAGGCGAUCUAAGUCUUAUGCCGCGACGGCUCAACGCGGGACAAAGUUCUAUGCAGCCAAAAACGAGAUGAUGGCCGGUUAUGAAGCCAAUGCGUAUAUAUGGAUGAGCGUCGGCUGGAAAAGGCAAGGCAAGAUGCUGCGGCAUACAAAGUCGACCUUGAGAAAAGUUGUGAGUGAUAACGCCAGAGUACAGUAUCGGAAUGACGUGCUGGAAGAGGAGAAGAGGGCUUCAAAGGUAGAUCUCGAAAAGAUGGCCGCUCGGUUUGAAGAAUCUCGGGCGAGGAAGAACUCUGACAUUGCUUCCUUGAAAAGGCAGAUUGAAGCCAAAAAAGCCAUUCUCGAGUCGCAGUUAAAGAGGGCUAAAAAAGAGGCGAGGCAUGAGGAGGCUGCCAAGUGUCAAGAGCGUCUUACUAAGGUAGAUACAAAGAUUUCCGAGCUGGAGAAGGCCAAGAAUGACGAGAAUGAACUUGGCCAAAUCAGGAGUAACCUCUUGCUAAUUAGAAAUCUCCAGAAACCCGACGCGACUCUUGACACCGAAGAGGAAAAGCUGAAAUCUUGGAAAGCCGAGCUGACUGGGGCAGACGUAGAGUUCGAGCCUAUCGUGACCGAUCUGAGGGGCCAGCUAGUUAUUAGCCCAUUUUCUCUGGAUUCUGUUGAUUCUCGUCUUGGGACCAAGCCGGUAGAGGUUGCUGUUGCCGGCAUUGAAGUUACCUAUCCCACGGGUCCUAACAUUGAUACCCCGAGAGCUGGUGAUCUUGCCGCCGAGGUCGUCUCCGAAUUGCGUCAUAAGGAAUAACCUUUUGUUCAAUUUUCUCCAUUUUCUCCAUUUUUUAUUUUUGAACUUAUUUGUGCAUGGACGGCUUUAUCCACUUUGUCUUCCUGUUGUCUUUAUCUUUGAACCUUGUGCAUGGACGGCUUUAUCUAACUCUUCGUUAGCAUGAAGAUUCUGUGAACUUUAAUAGUUUUUGUCUUAGUCAUUAUUCGCAUGCAUUUGUGUUAGAACGUUUUUCCAUGAGACGGAGUUUUACUAUGUCGAACUGUUUUUAGAUUGGUAUUGGAGACGAGGAUCAGAAAGAUCCUUACUAAACUGUAAUGCGUCUAAGGACCAGUUUUCUUGAGUUGGUAAAUAUGCAGUUAGACCGGAUUUCUUGCAAAAUUGAUCGCUUGUGACGAGGCAUUUAAGCUUUAAGAGUAGAUGUUUAGCGUGUUUAAACCGUAAUUCUUUGCUGAGGAGAAUCUGAAGUUGAAUUGUUACCUUUGAAUUAUGAUUAAGGCCGGUCUUUCCGAGCUGGUAAAUAUGUUUAGCCGGGUUUUAAGAAUUCACUUCGGUCUUUAGAGAAUGUGAUGUAGUCUUAACUUAUGUUCUCGUAUAUGAUAAUGAAUUAAUCCGACCGAUGCGUUUAGUAAAGGAUUUGUAUAGCGCGCUUCAUUGUGGUCCAUAGGGGAUGUCUCUUGCACCCUCGUCCUAGGAAAGGUGGUAAAAAUCCAUUUAGAGAAUUUUGUUUGUGUUGUCUCGCUGUGGCCAGCAACGAGACAAGGUGUAAACUUUGUAAGGGUUGUCUCAUCGAAGAGUAAGAUAAGUAUCUUUUUGCCGGAGCAAAGCUUUUGUUAAGAGUUAGGAAGAUUUCGCCGAAGCGAAGUAGAAGAGUAUUCAUCUUGAAGCAAAAAUAAUGGAUAAGAGAAACUCUGUUGGUGAGCCGGUACAGAGGAAGCUCGUGGUUAACGAUGGGAUCGCCUUGGCACUGUUGUUUUCAAAGGUGAACAACACCAAUGUCUCGAUACUGACUCAGGCGAUCUAAGUUCUAUGUCGCGAUGGCUCAACGUGGGACAAAGUUCUAUGCAGCCAUAAACAAGCUGAUGGACGGUUAUGAAGCCAACGCGUAUAAGGAAGAGCAUCGCCUUGAAAAGGCGAGGCAAGAUGCCGCGGCGUACAAAGCCAACCUUGAGAAAAGCUUUGAGCGAUAGUGCCAGAGUACUGUCUCGGAUUGACGUGAUGGAAGAGGAGAAGAGGGCUUCAAAGGCAGAUCUCGAAAAGAUGGUCUCUCGGUUUGAGGAAUCUUGGGCAGGUAAGAACUCUGACAUUGCUUCCCUGAAAAGCAGAUUGCAGCCAAAGAUGCCCUUCUCGAGUCGCGGGUAAAGAAGGCUAAAAAGGGGGCGAGGCGUGAGGAGGCUGCCAAGUUUCAGGAGAAAGCCAAGAAUGACGAGAAUGACCUUUCCCAAAUCAUCAGUAACCUUGUGCUGAUCAGCGAUCUCCAGAAACCCGACGCGACUCUCGACGCCGAAGAGGAAAAGAUGAAAGCUGGGGAAGCCGAGCUGACUAGGGCACUCGUAGAGUUUGAGCGCAUCACAACCAAUCUGAGGGGCCAGCUAAUUGUUAGUCCAUUUUCUCUGGAUUCUGUUGAUUCUCGUCUUGGGACCAAGCGGGUAGAGGUUGCUGUCGCCGGUAUUAAAGUUCUCGAUCCCGUGGGGGCUAACAUUGAUACGCUGAGAGCUCGUGAUCUUGCCGCCGUGGUCGUCUCCGAAUCGCAUCAUAAGGAAUAUCUUCAUGUUGCCUAACCCUUUUCUCCUUUUUUAUUUUCGAACUUAUUUGUGCCUGGACGGCUUUAUCCACUUUGUCUUCCUGUUGUCUUUAUUUUUGAACCUUGUG